AUUGCCAAAUAUGAGGGCAUGCUGAAGAAAAAGAUCGCUCUUGGAACAGUUACUAAUGUGGAAGAAGCAGUAAAGUGGAUAAGUUACACUUACCUUUAUGUACGGAUGAGAGCAAAUCCAUUAGUGUAUGGCAUCAGUCACAAAGCUUAUCAGAUGGAUCCAGGUCUAGAAAAGCACAGAGAACAAUUGGUAAUUGAAGUUGGCAGAAAACUGGACAAAGCCCGCAUGAUUCGCUUUGAAGAACGAACCGGCUUCUUUUCCUCAACAGAUUUAGGCAGAACUGCCAGCCACUACUAUAUUAAAUACAAUACUAUAGAGACUUUCAAUGAAUUGUUUGAUGCUCAUAAAACAGAAGGCGAUAUUCUUGCUAUAGUAUCAAAAGCUGAAGAAUUCGAACAGAUAAAGGUAAGAGAAGAAGAAAUAGAAGAGCUGGAUACCUUACUGAAUGAUUUCUGUGAACUUCCUGCUCCAGGAGGUGUGGAAAACAAUUAUGGAAAAAUAAAUAUCCUCCUUCAAACAUAUAUUAGCAGAGGGGAGAUGGACAGCUUCUCCCUCAUUUCAGAUUCUGCAUAUGUUGCGCAGAAUGCAGCUCGUAUUGUUCGAGCUCUUUUUGAGAUUGCCCUUAGGAAACGUUGGCCUGCAAUGACAUAUCGACUACUGAAUCUCAGCAAAGUCAUUGACAAGCGGCUGUGGGGCUGGGUCAGCCCUUUGAGACAGUUCUCAGUGUUACCACCAUCAGUCCUCUCAAAGUUGGAAGAGAAGAAUCUCACUGUGGACAAGAUGAAGGAUAUGAGAAAAGAUGAAAUAGGUCAUAUGCUGCAUCAUGUGAAAAUUGGGUUAAAGGUAAAACAAUGUGUCCAUCAAAUCCCGUCCAUCAUAAUGGAAGCCACGAUUCAGCCAAUUACCCGCACAGUGCUCCGAGUUCGGCUGAACAUUGCUCCUGACUUCACGUGGAACGAUCAGGUACAUGGUACUGUUGGAGAGCCCUGGUGGAUUUGGGUAGAAGACCCUACUAAUGAUCAUAUUUAUCAUUCAGAGUACUUCAUUAUUCAAAAGAAACAGGUCAUUACUAAAGAACCUCAACUGCUGGUGUUCACAAUCCCAAUUUUUGAACCUCUUCCUUCUCAAUAUUACAUUCGAGCUGUGUCCGAUAGAUGGUUAGGAGCAGAGGCUGUAUGUAUCAUCAAUUUUCAACAUUUGAUUCUUCCAGAGAGACAUCCACCCCACACAGAGCUUCUAGAUCUUCAGCCAUUGCCUAUCACAGCCUUGGGACAUCGGGAAUAUGAAGUCCUGUACAAAUUCACACACUUCAACCCUAUCCAGACCCAGAUAUUUCAUACACUUUAUCACACAGACUGUAAUGUUCUUCUCGGAGCACCUACGGGUUCUGGAAAAACUGUUGCAGCUGAAUUAGCCAUCUUUAGAGUUUUUAACAAAUAUCCCACAUCAAAGGCAGUAUAUAUCGCACCCUUAAAAGCACUCGUUCGUGAAAGAAUUGAGGACUGGAAAGUUAGGAUUGAAGAAAAACUUGGUAAAAAGGUUGUAGAGUUGACAGGAGAUGUGACUCCUGAUAUGAGAGCUAUUGCCCAAGCUGACCUGAUCGUUACUACCCCAGAGAAGUGGGAUGGGGUCAGCAGAAGCUGGCAGAACAGAAGCUAUGUUCAGAAAGUUUCCAUUCUUAUCAUAGAUGAGAUCCAUCUGCUAGGGGAUGAGAGAGGCCCAGUAUUGGAAGUCAUUGUGUCUCGAACAAACUUCAUUUCGUCUCACACAGAGAAGCCUGUAAGAGUAGUUGGUUUAUCCACUGCUUUAGCAAAUGCUAGAGACCUUGCUGACUGGCUAAAUAUUAAUCAGAUGGGUCUGUUCAACUUCCGACCAUCAGUACGCCCAGUUCCUCUGGAGGUACACAUUCAGGGGUUCCCUGGCCAGCAUUACUGUCCUCGCAUGGCUAGCAUGAACAAACCUGCAUUUCAGGCAAUUCGGAGUCAUUCUCCAGCCAAGCCAGUUCUUAUUUUUGUGUCAUCCAGACGUCAGACAAGGCUUACUGCUUUAGACCUGAUAGCUUUCCUAGCCACUGAGGAUGAUCCCAAACAAUGGCUGAAGAUGGAUGAAAGAGAGAUGAAUGACGUUAUAGUGACAGUGAGAGAUUCAAAUCUGAAGCUGACGCUUGCUUUUGGAAUAGGCAUGCACCAUGCGGGUCUGCAUGAAAGAGACAGGAAAACUGUGGAAGAAUUGUUUGUGAACUGCAAAAUCCAGGUUCUUAUUGCCACAAGCACAUUAGCUUGGGGUGUAAAUUUUCCAGCUCAUUUAGUAAUUGUUAAAGGAACAGAAUACUAUGAUGGAAAAACAAGGCGUUACGUGGAUUAUCCCAUUACAGAUGUACUUCAGAUGAUGGGACGUGCUGGCAGACCACAGUUUGAUGACCAAGGAAAAGCUGUAAUUCUAGUCCAUGAUAUAAAGAAAGACUUCUACAAAAAAUUCCUUUAUGAACCUUUCCCAGUGGAAUCAAGCUUGUUAGAAGUGCUGGCUGACCACUUGAAUGCUGAAAUUGCUGCUGGAACUAUUACUUCUAAGCAAGAUGCAAUGGAUUAUAUCACCUGGACUUACUUCUUCCGUCGACUUAUAAUGAACCCAACUUACUAUAACUUGGAUGAUGUGAGCCAUGACACUAUGAAUAAGUACCUCUCAAGCCUUGUUGAGAAAUCCCUCUUUGAUUUGGAAUGCUCCUACUGCAUUGAGGUUGGGGAGGAUAAUCGCAGCAUUGAACCCCUGACAUACGGCCGCAUUGCUUCCUAUUACUAUUUGAAGCACCCAACUAUUGGAAUGUUCAAAGAUCAGUUGAAAGCUGAAAGCAACAUUGAAGAUUUGCUCUUAAUUCUGACAAAUGCUGAGGAGUACACAGAUCUGCCUGUGAGACACAAUGAAGAUCAGAUGAACAGUGAACUGGCCAAACAUCUUCCCAUUGAAGUCAAUCCCCAUUCAUUUGAUAGUUCACACACAAAAACACACCUCCUGCUGCAAGCCCACUUCAGUCAUGCCAUGCUGCCUUGUCCAGAUUAUGCAACUGAUACAAAGACAGUGCUGGACCAAGCAAUUAGAAUAUGUCAG